AUUUUUAACCUCCAUUCAAACCAGAGACUGAGUGAGAAAGAACGAGAAAGACCGAAGCAGGCCUACAGCAGUCUCUUAAGAGAAGGGCGAAGGAGCCAGCGUGAUAAAGCGUUUGUGAGGACCAUGGAUCUGUGCUACAAUAAAGGCUGCGGGGAGCGCUUCGACCGCAGCACCAACAAGGAAGACGCCUGUCUCUUCCACCCUGGGGUCCCCAUCUUCCACGACGCCCUCAAGGGCUGGUCUUGCUGCAGAAAGAGGACAACAGACUUCUCAGACUUUCUCUCCAUCAAGGGAUGUACCCGCGGUCGCCAUAACGACGAGAAGCCUGAGGAGCCCCUGCGUCCGGAUGUGUCAUCGGAAAAGGGCGGGGCCAAAAGGACCAAUGGAGAGGAGAUCAUCUACAGGGGUCCAAAGUCAGCCGAGGCCCUGCAGAGGGAGAGGCCCAGUUCAGAGGAGCCGCUGAUUAAGCUUCCCCAGAAGGUGUCCGCGUCGCUGGCCAAGGUGUUGGCGAAGAUGGACCUCAGUAACCGAGCCGAGCAGGCCAUGAAAGAGAGUCAGGUGGUCAUGCCGGGAACGAGAUGCAAGAACAUAGGAUGUAAAGGAACCUACCAAGGGCCUGAGACAGACUCGGAGAUCUGCACGCAUCACCCCGGUGCGCCCAUCUUCCACGAGGGGUAUAAAUCCUGGAGCUGCUGUUGUAUCCAGACCUUCGACUUCAACGCCUUCCUGGACCAGAAGGGCUGCAGUACCGGGAAACAUUGUUGGAUCGCCAAACAGGACAAGAAAAAGGUGGCGUGCCGACAAGAUUGGCACCAGACUGCCGAUACAGUGUUUGUGACAGUUUACGCCAAAAAUGCAAAUCCAGAAUUUUCCUUUGUAGAAGCCAACCGUACAGUGAUCAGCUGCGACAUCCAGUUUGAAAACAACAAGGUGUACAAAAGGGAGUUCCACCUAUGGGGAGUGGUGGAUGUGAAGCACAGCAAGGUAAGCAUGGUUCCCUCCAAGGUGGAGAUCUCGCUUCGCAAGGCCAACACCGUCACCUGGGGCAAGCUGGAGGACCCCAACUUCAAAGCCCCGCCCGAGCCAAUCAACACAGAAUCCUUCGGCGUAACGGCAGAGGAGGAGUGGGACAUCGAAGACGACGACAUCAGCGACUCGGACGACGAGUGGAAGUACGACAAGCCCCCGAAGAAGUCGCCGUGGGGGGAGGAGGGGGAGGAGGAGGUGAAGAAAGAGGGGGAGGAAGGGGAGAAGAAGAAGGAGGAGGGAAAGGAGGAGGAGAAGACGAAGGAGGGGGAGAAGAAGAAGGAGGGGGAGAAGGAGGGGGAGAAGAAGAAGGUACCGGAGGAGGAGGGUGAAAAGAAGAUGGUGGAGAAGGAGGAGGAGGAGGAGGAGGACCGUUUUUAUGACGACUUGCCCCCGCUGGAUGACUGAGGAACUGCAGUCUACUCACACACUUCUCAAAAAACAUACAAACAAACAUUAUUAAACAUACUCACAGAACCUGCCCAGACAAAAUCGUCCACAUUGUGGAUGAUGUUUCAAAAGGUCUUGUUUUUAUUUUACAGUGAUGGGGAGCUUGUUUUUGAUUGAAUACUAAUUAUCUUAAAGGCCUAAUAUGUAACAUUUUCACAUUAAAAUAUCUUCAAACGACGAGACCUAUGUUAUAUAUUUUGUUAAAUUGUGUACCUACAUUAUCCAACUUAUUUCAUGCAAUGAUAAAGCCAAAAUAAAUGUGCAGUAUUAAUUACAUGUCAUCUGUCCUUUACCCCGUAACUUCUUUGGAAAUGUAGUAAAAAAACAGUAGCGAUCCAGCUAACUAUGAAGUUGUGCUUCAAAAGGUGGCUCGUACCAAGCUAAUGCAGUUUCCCAUAAAUAGACUUGGGUGGGUAUUCCUUUCAUUUGUCCGAGAGAACCAUUUUUUUUUUUUGAAAGGGGCCAUCUUUCGUCUGAUAAACGUCCACGUUUCCACCAAUGAAGGCCUACCUGUAUGGAAGGUCAGUUUAAUCUUUAUCACAGCCAUGGGCGUCAGUUUGGUUUGAAAUGUGCUGGGGACAGAGACGCAUUCGGAAGUGCAUUUUUAGAAGUGCUGGGUACAAUGAGGAUGCACUCUUUUUUCUCUAAUGCCAGUAAUGAAAGGUUCUGAAAGACGGCAUAACCAUGUAGCUAAUUACUAAGGAAUAAAAUGUAUACAAAAUCUGUCUGGCACGUUUUAUGAAGAAAACGUUUUCAAAAAGCAUCGGACAUAUGACCCACUACGACUACGUUCUGCUCCAUGUAUCCAAUGUUGACAACGUGACAUGAUAUGGCUAAGCUAACAACAUAAACAAGAGGAGCUAGGAAAGGAAUUUAACUGCGUGUUUAAGUUCAGAAGGGCCAAAGGUGUGGCUACACACAGCACUACAAAAGUCGUCAAGAUUGAAAAAGAAAAAAAUAUUUGUUGCACAGCUGAACCCUGUAUCAGGAGCUGGCUGUUCUCAAUACCCAACACACAUUCCAUCAAAACUAGCCUACAUCAGGCAUUCUGACCAAAACUCAUGAACUCCCCCCCACAAUUAUUCCAGAAUUCAAGCAAAGCAAGAAUGACCAAAAGUCAAUUUGUGUCAACAAGAGACUGACUCCACCGACUAUCAAUUGUAAGUUAAAACAGCCGACCACUUGAGUGCAAAAAACACAAAAGACCUCGCCACAGCACCAGCAAAUCGUAAGCAAUAAAUAUUGCGUCUUACCUUUAUUUAUGUGCCCACUACCUCCAUCCGUUGAC